AUGAGAGUCCUACAAAGCUUCGCCUUUCUGGCGACAGUCCUGGCACAAUCGUUCGAGCGAGGGCCGCGCCCCAGCCCGGUUUCGGACACGUGUCUAGGCAUUCCAGUCAACGCUCAAUGUGACUGUCUUAAUCAAAACCCGCUCGAUUGCGAUCAUUGCGUCGCCAUCGUCGUCCAUCUCGGCUGCGACAUUCAGGGCGAACUCAAAAUCAUCAAAGAACAGGUCAAGGGUAUUCUCGAUCAGCUUCGAGACCGCGAUCUCUUCCCCGGAGUCAUCCAGCUAUCAAUGGUCUACUUCGGUCACGAACUUAGACAACAGAUUCCAGUUACCUUCGAUGAUGCUCUCCAGGAGCUCGACAUGAUUGUUGACGAUCUCAAGAAUGUUGUCGAUCAGAUUUCUCCCAUGCCAAAAGGAAAGGCUCAACAAAAUAAGCAUAAUCCUUCUCAUUAA